CUUUUUCUUUUCUUUUCCUACAGUUGUUUAAUCUGGCCCUGAAGUUGCCCGGAGGAAACAUCCAGAAAUGUGGAUGGGUACAUUUGCACGUGUUGCCCUGCCGGCCCUACAGAGGAGCGGCUCUGCCGCGGCCCAGCAGGUCCUGAGGGCUGUUUAUAGACGGCUGCCGGCCGCAGGACCGCCGUCCUCCUGCAUGUUUGCAGUGCAUCAUCGUGGGCAUCAGACUCUUGGCUCUGCCCCCCUCCCUGUGGCCGGCCACUCCGUGAGGCAUGUCCGGGCCCUGGAUGAGGAGAGGCUGAUGGAGGUGGAGUGGGAGGACGGAGGCCACAGCAUGUACCCGUUCACCUGGCUGAGAGACAACUGCCAAUGUCCCCUCUGCACCCUGGAGUCGGCUCAGGCCCGCUUGCUGUUGAUGUCUGAGCUCGAUGUCCACACGGGAGUAGAUGUUGUGGAGCUCACUAAUGACAACAAGGUUUCCAUUGUGUGGCCUGACCAGCACAUCAGCGUGUUUGAUGCAGAGUGGCUAAAGAAACGCUGCUUCUCUCCAACUGCUAGACAAGCUUUGCAAGAAGAGCUUUUCCUCAAUGAACGUUAUUGUUGGGAUUCCAACCUGCGCAUUCCCACAGCCGAUUAUCACGAAGUGCUCCAUGACGAUAAGGCGGCGUUCGCCUGGCUCCUGGCCCUGCGGCGCGUCGGCAUCGUGUACCUGAAGGGAGCUCCGGUGGAGCAGGGCCAGGUGGCCAGACUGGCCGAGAGGAUCGGAUACCUGAGGCUGACGUUUUACGGGCAUACGUGGCAGGUCCAGGACAAACCCAUGGCAAACAAUGUGGCCUACACUUCAGGGAAGCUGAGCUUGCAUACAGACUACCCCGCACUGCACUUUGCACCUGGAGUGCAGUUCUUGCACUGCAUCAACCAGGCUGUGGAAGGAGGAGAGAGCGAGGUGGUGGAUGGUUUCCACAUGGCUGAGAAGCUGCAGAGAGAAGACCCCGAGGCCUUCAGGGCUCUCAGCUCGCUGCUGGUGGACUUCACCGACACCGGGACGGACUACUGCGACUUCAUGCUGCAGUCCAAGAAAUGCAUCAUCGAUGUUGACUCUGAGGGCCGAGUUGUGAGGAUAAACUACAACAACGCCACCAGGAACUCUGUGCUGGACCUGCCCGUGCAUCAGGUGCAGCCGUUCUACAGAGCCCUGAAGGCCUACGUGCAGAUCAUGAACCGGCCGGAGAACGUGGUCACCUACACCAUGGAGCCAGGUGACAUCGUGACCUUCGACAACUGGCGUCUCCUGCACGGGAGGAGGAGCUACGAGAGCCGGCCGGACAGGCUGCGACACCUGGAGGGAGCCUACCUGGACUGGGACGAAGUCAUGUCUCGUCUCCGGAUCCUCCGCAAAGCCGUGCACGAGGACGUAUGAGCCGUGGAGACUCGGCCGCAUUUAAAUAGGUAGACUGCCUUUUUGCGAGGGGAUAUAAAACUAGAACACUAGAGUCGCUCCGAGAGCACAGCAAAGCAAAAACAAGUCAAGAGGAAAAUCUCUGACCCGUCAUUCAGGUUUAAUGGAAAAAGUCUGUAAAGUUUAGAAGUCGCAAAUAUGAAACUUGGUGCAACACAAUAAUGCAAAGAUGAACAAAAGCCUCUUGAUUUGGUGUGAAGAUGCUUUUGAACUGACCUGUUUAGUUUUUUUUUUAUUUUAAUGAAACUUUACAUUUAGUUGUAUACAUUGUCCUUAUUAAUUUUCUGAAACAAUCUAUCAUUCCCAGUUCUUCGGUGGAAAUAUUUGGCUCAAGACUUCCUGUUUACAGAUUCACAUCCUACUUUUCCAGCAAAGAAAAUUGAAUUUUCUGUUCCUCACUUUUCUUGUUUGAUUUGAUCCUUCAUGACUUUUUCAAACUCGGUGAUCUGUGACCCUGGAUGAGCACAGGAGCAGCAAGAAACAAAGAUUACCUGUACGCUGUGUGGUGAUGUUGGGAUAUAAGCGAGUUCCUGCUUUCCUCUGUAAAACAUCUCGCUACCUGUUCGGUCAUGUGAUUUACUGUCUUUACUGCCUUUAACGACGACGGCACCAGUCCUCCUGAGGGAAACCUGAGGUGACUAAUACGUGUUAACUUCUCUGCCUAAGUUUACUGCCGAUGUGCCAACGUUUUCCAGAUACGGUAUCAGGAUGUUGACAAAAUGUGUCGUUACAUAUACCGUUCAGAAAAGAAUUCUACCUUGUAAAACAAACUUACAAAUGUACCUUUAUCUUGUAAAUAACUGGGAGUGCAGCAGCUUGAAAUUUAACCUUUUAAAACCUGGUGGGCAUCCAAAUAAUGUCAGUUCUACACAAACUUACUUUGAAAUAGAAUUUUAUUUAAGUCUUACCCAAUAAACUGGGUAUCGUUUCGGGGCAUUACAGAGUUGUUGCGUGAGUUGGGGCUGUGCAAUUGAUCUUUUUACUCGCAAUUCCAAUUUUGGCUCCAAUCAAUGAUAAAAACAUUGUAAUCAAGUAAAAAAAAAAA